UUUAAUUUUGGCAUGAAUCAUAGAACACCGCCCUACCCUGCUGGGGAUUACUGUCUCCUGUGCAGAAGCGAGCGCAAAGACUCCUCAUUCUCGGAGAGUGGGGUUAAGGCUGGGAGCAAGCUGGCCUUGUCCAUGGCCCCCAAAGGCAGCAACGUGCUGCAUCUACCGCUGUGGGUGUGCCCAGACUGCCGGCGGACGGUGGAGAAGGAGGACCGGCACACCCUGCUCCCCAGGCCACAGGGCCAUGACUUUCUCCUGCAUAACCCCCUCGGUGGAUCUCAGCCUGAGGCUGGCGCCCACGGGAGACUCGCUGUCGCUGCUCAGACCCUCCCCACGGCCGGGCUGGGCAACUCCGCUCCUACCGACUCCUCCUGCACUUGUGAGGCCUGCAGCGAGCGCAGAGACAUUUCGGCAGAGACAGACCGAGAAUCUCAGCAGCUACAGAAUUACUGGUCAGAAGUCCGCUACAUGGUGCGCUGCAUAUACCGCCAGGCCGGGACCCCGCUAGCCGAUGACCAGGACCAGUCUCUCAUACCUGACAGAGAGGGAAUGAAGGAGCUGGUGGACAGGCUCUGCGAGAGGGACCCCUACCAGCUGUACCAGCGGCUGGAGCAGCAGGCUCGGGAGUACGUGCUAGAGAUGAAGGUGCGGCUCCUCAGGCAGCUGUCCGCUGCGGCCAAGGUCAAGGCCCCCUCGGCCAUCCAAGGCCCGCCCCAGGCACACCAGUUCAUCUCUCUGCUGCUCGAGGAGUACGGUGCCCUCUGCCAGGCCGCGCGCACCAUCAGCACGUUCCUGGGCCCUCUGGAGAACGAGCACUUGAAAAGGUUCCAGGUGACGUGGGAGCUGCACAAUAAGCACCUGUUUGAGAAUCUGGUGUUUUCAGAGCCGCUUCUCCAGAGCAACCUGCCGACACUGGUGUCCCAGAUCAGGCUGGGCACCACCACGCACGACGCCUGCAGCGAGGACACGUACAGCACCUUGCUGCAGCGCUUCCAGCGCUCUGAGGAGGAGCUGCGCCAUGUGGCCGAGGAGUGGCUGGACUGUCAGAAGAGGAUCGAUGACUACGUGGCCGAGCAGAUGACAAUGAAAACCAAGCAGCGCAUGCUCACGGAAGACUGGGAGCUGUUCAAACAGAGGCGGUUCACCGACGAGCAGUUACCAAGUAAGAAGGCGGUGACUGGCGAGAACCACUUCACGGACACCAUGAGGCACGUGCUGUCGUCACGCCUGAGCAUGCCCGACUGCCCCAACUGCCACUACAGGAGAAGGUGCACCUGUGACGACUGCAGCCUGUCGCACAUCCUCACCUGUGGGAUCAUGGACCCCCCUGUCGCCGAUGACAUCCACAUUCACCAGCUGCCCCUCCAGAUGGAUGCUGCCCCCGACUAUCUCUCUGAGGUGCGGCCGCCGAGCGUGUCCUCGGCCAGCUCAGGGUCCGACUCCAGCUCUCCGAUCACCAUUGACCAGCACCCCAGGCUCCUCCUCACAGACAGCGGCUCCGCACCCACGUGUUGCAGUGAUGAGGAGGACGGUGCCCCUUUGUCAGCAAAAUUCGCUGGUAUUUACCCCUUGAGUAACUAUGAUGACGCAGAGGUGGUGGCCAGCAUGAACGGGAUUCACAGCGAGUUGAACGGCGGCGGUGAGAACAUGGCCCUGAAGGAUGAGUCCCCUCAGGUCAGCAGCACCAGUAGCAGCUCCUCAGAAGCAGACGAUGAGGAAGCAGACGGCGAGAGUAGCGGGGAGCCCCCUGGAGCCCCGAAGGACGAGGCAGCUCUCGGGAAUGGGAGCCUUGGGAAGGAGGAACACAAAGCGGACAGUCCACCCCCGUCGUACCCCACACAGCAGGCUGAGCAAGCGCAGAACACAUGCGAAUGUCAUGUCUGCAAACAAGAAGCAUCUGGCCUGACCGCCUCUGCAGCCGCUGUGGGCGCUCUGUCUCCUGGCCACCAGUUCCUGACCCCCGAGAAGCCCACACACCCUGCACUGCACCUGUACCCCCACAUCCACGGACACGUGCCUCUGCACACCAUCCCUCACCUACCCCGCCCUCUCAUCCACCCCACCUUGUAUGCCGCGCCCCCCUUCACGCACAGUAAGGCAUUACCUCCAGCACCUGUUCAGAAUCCCACAAAUAAGCAUCAGGUAUUCAAUCCGUCUCUGCAAGACCAUAUUUACCCGAGCUGUUUUGGGAACGCUCCAGAGUGGACUAGUUCUAAAUUUAUAAGUCUUUGGGGAUCAGAAGUGAUGAAUGAUAAGAACUGGAAUCCUGGCACUUUCUUGCCAGAUACAAUUUCUGGGGGUGAUCUACUAGGGCCAACGCUAUCAGAAACCAGACCAGAAGCCCUCCCACCUCCGUCCAGCAGUGAUACACUCACCAUCUCAGAGAGCAAAGAGAAAAAAAAUGCUGCGAAAAAGAAAUGCCUGUACAAUUUCCAGGACGCAUUCAUGGAAGCCAACAAAGUGGUCAUGGCCACCUCGUCCGCCACCUCCUCUGUCUCCUGCACAGCCACCACCGUACAGUCCAGCAAUAGCCAGUUCAAGGUGUCAUCGAAGAGGCCGCCUUCCAUAGGAGAAGUCUUUCAUGGUAUCAGCAAGGAGGACCACCGGCACUCUGGCCAGGCCGCACCCAGGAGCAGCCCCACUGGCCUGGCACCCCUCCCCACCCUUCCACCUGCUGGGCUGGCACCGGCCCCCACACCACAUCUUGCAAAUCUCACAGCCCCCUCAUUCCCCAAAAUCACCACCCCAACGUCUGGCUUGGUGGAGACCCGCAAGAGCUUCUGUCCAGCCCCUGUGGCACCCCCACCCCCUGUCACAGACGGCUCCCUCAGCGCACCCCCCAGCGUCUGCAGUGACCCUGACUGUGAAGGCCACCGCUGUGAGAACGGCGUGUACGACCCGCAGCAGGACGAUGGUGACGACAGCGCAGACGAGGACAGCUGCUCCGAGCACAGCUCCAGCACCUCCACCUCCACCAACCAGAAGGAGGGCAAAUACUGUGACUGCUGCUACUGCGAGUUCUUCGGCCACGGCGGGCCUCCAGCUGCACCAACAAGUAGAAAUUAUGCAGAAAUGAGGGAAAAGCUUCGCUUGCGCUUGACCAAAAGGAAAGAAGAACAACCUAAAAAGGCGGAUCCAGUCUCGGAAAGGGAGAGUGUAGUCGACCAUCGGAAGGUGGAAGACUUGUUGCAGUUCAUCAACAGCUCGGAGACCAAGCCAGUGAGCAGUACUCGGGCCGCCAAACGCGCACGGCACAAGCAGAGAAAGCUGGAGGAGAAGGCCCGCCUGGAGGCAGCGGCCCGUGAGCGGGAGCACCUGCACGCCCUGGAGGAGCGCCGGCGCCGGGAGGAGGAGGAGGAGCUGCAGCGACUCCAGGAGCUACAGCAGCUGCGGGCCGUGAAGAAGAAGAAGAAGGACCGGCCCAGCAAAGACUGCCCCAAGCUGGACCUGCUGGCCAGGGAAGUGGACACAGUCCCCGAGACCACACCUGCCUCGGAAAGCCUCCCCAAUGGCACCCUGGAGCACACUGAAGACCCAGAGACCUCAUCUCGCUCCCCCUGCAGACAUGUGAACCACGCCGAGCCACGGCCAGGGCCGGACGCCUCCGAGCCCGCCGACGCCAGGGACUCGCGGCCCCUGCCCCGCAGGGAGCUCAACGGGAAGCAGCACGAGCCACUGUCCUUUCUGUUCGACAUCAUGCACCGUCACAAAGAGGGUGGCAGCAAGGCCAGGCUCCGGCCGGCCAGCAAGCCCAGCAGUGAGCCCUCGCGGAAGCCGGUGGACGGCUCCCGAGCCCCGGAGCCUGUGCCCAGGGCCCGGCCGCAGGCGGAGCCCAAGGUGAAGGCUGUGGACCUCGCUGCCCUCACGGAGCAAAAGCGAGAGGAGAGAAAGGUCAACAGCAACAACAACAACAAGAAGCAGCUCAAUCACAUCAAGGAGGAGAAGUCCCAGCCCGUCCCCACUGAGCCCACCUCACCCGCCGAGUGCCAGUCCAACGGCAAGCUGGUCCUGGCAGACUCACCACAGCCCAAGGGCAAGAGCAAGAAGAGCAAGAAGAAGAAAGGGGAGCGCGCCAGCAGCUCCAUCGAUGACGUGUUUCUGCCUAAAGAUAUCGACCUGGACAGUGUGGACAUGGACGAGACAGAGAGGGAAGUGGAGUACUUCAAAAGGUUCUGCCUCGAUUCUGCUCGCCAGACCCGGCAAAGACUGUCCAUCAACUGGUCCAAUUUUAGUUUGAAAAAGGCCACUUUUGCUGCCCACUGA